AAAAAAAAAAAAAAAAAAAAAAAAAAAAAAAAACCCAGUUAAUUUCUUGCGGCACAUUCGAGCUAAGGAUAUAAAGAGGGUUUGACUCUCGGUUUCCGGGGUUGAGGGGCGUUGAUUUAGGUUGUGGUUAAUCAGACGGGGGUCCGGGAGUGCUAAACCUCCCGCUGCCGGCAGAAGGCUCCUUCCCUACAGCUCUCGGAAACGCAGCUGGAAAGCCCCCUCCGAGGCAACCCUUAAAUUCCUGCUUGAAAACGACGCUAAAAUGAAUUAACGUGAUAUAGAAAGUACUAACGGGAUGAUGGGCAAACACCGAGCGCCGGGCAGAGGCGUAUAAUGAUUUUCCCCUUCUGCCUCUUUUCUUAAAACCAUGGGAUCUAGUUGAGAUUUAAUCUAAGGGGAGAUUUGAUUAGAGGUGUCAGAUUUUCCCCUUGUACCUCUUCUUUUAAAAACAGGGUAUCUAGUCGUGAUUUCAUCUGGGGAGAGGUUUAAUCGACAUCCACAGAGGAGAAGGCUCAGCGCAGCCUUUAGGUGCUUCUUUAGACGUUGGCUGUCGAAGCCCAAAGACUCCUUGAGUCUGCUCAAACCCGCAGCGAAAAGGGAUCCGGAUGCGGUUUCCACCCCCUCCGCAGGUUUGGGAUAUCUUUAAGGGUUGGGAGUGGAAAAAAAAAAAAAAAAAAAAGUAAGUUUUAACGGCGCCGUUAGGAAAUGUUGGAGCAGAUGGUGCGGCGCGAUGAGUGGCAGCCGUUAGCGGGCUGUCUGAAGUGUUGAUGCUGGCUGAGCGCGGUGCGAAAAUGGAAAGGGCUCCGUGACGGCUCUGGCGCGGAUAGCAAAAGGCCAGCCGGGAACGUGCUGCCGCCGCCGCCGCACCUGGGCUGACGGAGCGGGUCCCAUCCCGCAGCGAGGGGAAGGAGUGAUUAAAAAGUGCAGGAAAGAAAAAAAAAAAAAAAAAAAAAGAGGCUUGAGUAAGAUGAAUCUGUCCGAGCUGAGCCGCCUUGGCCCUUCCCAUGCUCUGCGAGGAACGCUGAGGGGUUAAAGAAAUAAAGAAUUAUUCCAUGGACCCCGAGCAACUAAUUAAGGCUCCGAGACAGCGGCUAUGGCCGAGGGGAGCGCGGCUACCGACCAAGAGCGACUCCUGAGGAGGGUGCAGGAGCUGGAAGAGGAGGUGAAGCGGCUGCAGGAGAAGCUCCGAGAGGACAAGGAAGGCGGUGGGAGAAGAGAGGCUCCUCCCGCCCCCAGGAAAGCCAAGAAACGCCAACAACGGCCGUUCGAUUUUGGCGCUUAUGGCCGCAGGCACGUGGCGCUGAAGAUCGCCUAUCUGGGCUGGGGCUACCAGGGCUUUGCCAGCCAGGAGAACACCAGCAACACCAUCGAGGAGAAGCUGUUUGAGGCCUUGAAGAAGACGCGGCUGGUAGACGACAGACAGACCUCCAACUACCACCGCUGCGGGCGGACAGACAAAGGAGUCAGCGCCUUCGGACAGGUGAUUUCCCUCGAUCUCCGCUCGAACCUGGCGGAGGGGAAGAAGCUAAACAGCCACAACUCGGAAGGCAAGAGCGAGGGGGAGGAGGAGCUCCGCUACACCCAUAUGCUGAACAGGGUGCUCCCGCCCGACAUACGGGUGCUGGCCUGGGCCCCCGUGGAGCCGGAUUUCAGCGCCCGGUUCAGCUGCCUCAAGAGGACCUACCGGUACUUCUUCCCCUGCGCCGACCUGGACGUGGCCCUCAUGCACACCGCGGCCCAGAGGUACGUGGGGACCCAUGAUUUCCGUAACCUGUGUAAAAUGGACGUCGCCAACGGGGUGGUCAACUUCCAGAGAACGAUCCUCAGUGCCGGAGUGACGUGGGUGGAGAGGGGAGAAGAAACUGGGCCGCAGGAUCCCUUCCGUCUGUGCCAGUUUGAAGUGACGGGACAGGCAUUCCUGUAUCACCAAGUCCGCUGCAUGAUGGCCAUCCUCUUCCUCAUCGGGCAGAGGAUGGAGAGGCCGGAGAUCAUCGAUGAGCUGCUGGAUGUGGAGAAGAAUCCCCGAAAACCGCAGUACAGCAUGGCAGUCGAGUUUCCCCUCGUGCUGUACGACUGCGCGUUCGAAAACCUCCGGUGGCUCUACGACCGAGAAGUGCAGGAGUUCAACAUUACCCACCUGCAGCAGCUCUGGGCCAACCACGCAGUCAAAACUCAAGUGCUGCGGAACAUGUUAGGAGGGUUAGACGCAGCUCCCGUCGCUACCGGAGAAAGCCCAGGGAACAGCACGACCGUCCUGUGGGGAGAGAUGAAGCCUCCGCUCCGCAGCCAGGUCAGCAGCUUCGUGGAAGGCGUCCAAGCCCGCACCUACAAGCCUUUACUGGCCCGUCCCAAGUGCGAGGGGCUGGAAGCCCGCAUCCGCCACUUCGUGCGGAGGGGCCGCAUCGAACCCCCCCAGGGCCUGGAGCCAGCGGGGGACAGGGACAAGGAUGAGGACAAGCAGCCCCCUGAGACCAAGGGGGGCCACCGCCGCCAUGCCCCGGGGAACGGCAGUGCCACCCAGCAGCCCCCCAAGCGGGUCUGCGUGGACGUCGAGUGACGGGUCACCUCAGCAGGAGGAGGGCAGGUGGCUGCUUCGCUUAUUUUUUUAUUGAUUGAGGGGAAAAAAAAAAAAAAAAAAAGUAAUGCAGUUUUCCAGUGCUAUUUUUAUAAAUUUUAAGAAAACUUGUGGAGUGCUGCUGCGUGCCGGUCUGGGAGGGGAUGGGGGGGUGCCUCGGCCCCCUCAGAGCCGCCUGCCCCGCUGCGGGGGGAGCGCUGAGGCUGUACUGGGAUGUACUGGGAUAUACUGGGCUGAGGCAGCCGGGGCCCACCCGCCUGCUCGGCCUCCCCGCGAAACCCACGCGUCCCCCCCGGUACCCGACAGGGUCCUCCAGUCCCUAACAGGGUUCAUACGUUC